AUGUCCUCACUUCGGAUUAAGAAGGGCGUCAAAUGUCGUCACUGGGGAUAUAGAGGGGACGCCAAAUGUCAUUGGGGAUAUAGAGGGGGCGUCAAACGUCGUCAUCGGGGAUAUAGAGGGGGCGUGAAACGUCGGCAUCGGAGAUAUAGAGGGGGCAUGAAACGUCGUCAUCGGGGAUAUAGAGGGGGCGUGAAACGUCGUCAUCGGGGAUAUGGAGGGGGCGUGAAACGUCGUCAUCGGGGAUAUAGAGGGGGCAUGAAACGUCGUCAUCAGGAAUAUAGAGGGGGCGUGAAAUGUCGUCAUCGGGGAUAUGGAGGGGGCGUGAAACGUCGUCAUCUGGGAUAUAGAGGGGGCGUGAAACGUCGUCAUCGGGGAUAUGGAGGGGGCGUGAAACGUCGUCAUCGGGGAUAUAGAGGGGGCGUGAAACGUCGUCAUCGGGGAUAUGGAGGGGGCGUGAAACGUCGUCAUCGGGGAUAUAGAGGGGGCGUGAAACGUCGUCAUCGGGGAUAUAGAGGGGGCGUGAAACGUCGUCAUCUGGGAUAUAGAGGGGGCGUGAAACGUCAUCGGGGGGGGGGGGGGGGCGUGAAACGUCGUCAUCGGGGAUAUGGAGGGGGCGUGGAACAUCGUCACUUAGGAUAG